UCCGUCCAAAAAUGCGUAAAAAAGUCCUAGUGUGAGCGUGCCCUCAGUCAGAGCGUAUUCAUACUAGUGUCACUAGAACUUCUCUGGAUGUAUCUGACCGCAGUUACAGCCGCCUGUGGGUGUAUCUGACGGCAAUUAGUUUCAUUCACCUCGAGAGUAAUUGCGUAUCGUGGGCAGGUAGUGAGAGGGAGAGAGUAGGAUAGGAGGGAGGUGAGAAAGGGAGCGGGAGGGAGGGAGAGAGUAGGAUAGGAGGGAGGGGAGAAAGGCAGCGGGAGGGAGGGAGAGAUAGGGGUAGGGAGAGAGAGAGAGAGAGAGAGAGAGAGAGAGAGAGAGAGAGAGAGAGAGAGAGAGAGAGAGAGAGAGAGAGGUGAUGCGAAGGUGCGCGGACCGGGAAGGGGGAAAACAUAGAGAGAGAAAGAGAGAAAGAGAGAGAGGGUGCACGGGUGUUGAACAGGGGCUUCUUCGGUUUGCAUUGAGCGGUCGCCGCUUGCCAGCGAAGCGUGUGUGAACGACAGGGAAAAAGAAGGGGAGAAGGAAGAGGAAGAAGAAGAGGAAGAAAGCGGAUAUGGCGGCCGUGACGUCAUCGGCUGUAGCUGCUGCGGCUAUGGCGGCCGUAGCAUCGACGUCGUCGGCGGCGUCGGCCACCAUGCAGACAAAGGCAUCCUCUUUGUCGAAAUGCAGCUCUUCUCUCGUGCCUCUGUCCUCCUCCUCCUCCUCCUCCUCCUUCACCCCUGGUCUUGGAAGCCUCUCUGCUCACGUGAUGACACGUGGCAGCCGGCGACUGGCUCUCGUCUCCCCCCGUGCUGCCACCAAGGUCGACGUGGCCGACGGCGAGAAGAUGAGGGCGGGUGCUAAACCCCCCUCCAAGGAGUCGCUUUUGACCCCUCGGUUUUACACCACCGAUUUCGACGAAAUGGAGGCCUUGCUUGACCCCGUUAACAACCCCUAUUACAGGGAUGAGGAAUUCGUCGCCCUCCUUAAUGAGUUCAAAACAGAUUACAAUCAGACCCAUUUCGUGCGGAACAAGGAGUUCAAAGAAGCGGCGGAAAGCUUGCAAGGGGCGACGAGAGAAAUCUUCGUCGAGUUUCUGGAGCGCUCGUGCACGGCAGAGUUCUCUGGCUUCUUGCUAUACAAGGAACUCGGCCGCAGACUCAAGAAGAAGAAUCCCAUUGUCGCGGAGAUCUUCACUCUCAUGUCCCGGGACGAAGCUCGCCAUGCUGGGAUCUUCCCUGCUGUACCCGAUGUGGAAAGUCCGGAGUUCAAGGUCAGGAUGGACAGACUGGUUGUUCUCAACAAACAGCUCCUCAGCAUUGGAGGCAGCGAUGGACCUGCCGUGCUGAAGAACUUCCAGAAGCUUCCCAUCAUCGCCUCCAUGUUGUGGGAGAUGCUUGUCAUCUUCAACAUGAAGCCUGUUGACUGUGGCUCCAUGGACUUCUACGAAUUAGAACCGCAAGUUGUAUACUGAUUGUCAAGCUGACUUGGUUGCUCUGUCUGUGUGUGUCUGUGUGUGUGUGUGUGUGUGUGUGUGUGUGAGAGAGAGAGAGAGAGAGAGAGAGAGAGAGAGAGAGAGAGAGAGAGAGAGAGAGA